AUGCCCUCUUGGCUGAAGGCGGAGGAGCCGGUCGCACGACCCUUCAGGUUUGCAGGUGGAGAGCGCGGCUUGGUCGUCGCCGCCAUGGCGCCCGCGGUCGCCGCGAAUCCCAUCGUCAAGCCUGCCACGCUGGUGACCCUCAAGGUGCAGGACACCCAGCGGCGCGUCGUCUCGCGUACCAUGCGGAGGACCGACAAGCUGCAGGUCCUCAUGGACUGCUACUACGACGUGGUGUGCUCGGCCGGCGCCGGCGCGCGCGCCGCGGGGCGCUUCGUGUUCGACGGGAAGAGGCUGAAAGGGGAGCAGACGCCGAAGGACCUCGGGAUGAAGAGCGGCGACCAGAUCGACUUUUUCGGGGAUCUGGGAGCAACGACAGACGGCGGCGACGCGGAGGAGGAGGAGGUGGUGGACCGGAAGCCGGUGAUCAAGCAGGUAAUGGACGUGACGGUGAAGGUGCAGGACACGGCGGGGCGCACGGUGAAGUUCACAGAUGUUCGGACUACCCAGAAGCUGCAGGUGCUCAUGAACGCCUACUACGCCAGAGUGCCGGACGUCACAAAGGGCACGGCAAAGUUCCUGUACGACGGCAGGCAGCUGAAAGGGGAGCAGACGCCAGCGGAGAUAAAGAUGGAGGGCGAGGACGAGAUCUUGAUCGACUUCUUCAUCGACAUGAUGGGUGGUGGCGGCGGGUGGGCGGCGGCGGCGGCGGCUGCUGCUGGACAGCCGCCGGUGCCUGCGUAGCUCGCUGCGGACUGCUCGAUCUGGUGCUGAUGGAUUUACGAGGGGCCUGAUGUGGUUUAUGUCAUAGUGACAUGGAUGGCAGCUAAUAAUAAUUUAUAUUUAA